GUCAUUAGAAAAACAAUAAGGUUUUUUUUUCGCGUAAUGGAAAAACCUUUAUUUGUGCCGGUAAGCUUAGUCUUUUUGUUAAAAUUCAAGAUGGGUAACAGUUCUUCUCAAAAAGAGAGAGAUCCGUUGAUGUCAGAAAAAUGUCGGAACGCAAGACAGAAAAUUAAGGUCUCACGUGAGAAAUUCUUGUUAGAUUUGCACGAAGAAUGUGACCAAUGCUCUGAUGAUAUAGAUGUGGAUUACAACUCAUUACCGCAUCAUGGUGACGCAGAUUGUAGCGAGAUUGAUCCAACACAAUAUAGUUUUCCUUUUGAAAAUCUGGUACUAGAAGGAGGAGGAGUCAAGGGUAUUGUUUACGGUGGACUUGGAAGGGAGCUUGAAAAACAUGGAAUUUUAAAACAGAUUCACAGAUUUGCUGGCGCCAGCGCAGGGUCUAUAUGUGCUGCAUUGUAUGCUGUCGGAUUCAAUUCAUACGAUGUCGAGCAAAUUAUGAGGGUUAACCUAGAACCUAUUAUUUGUGAUGCGCCCUAUGGUUACAUGAGUCUGAUCCCAAAUAUAAUAUCACGCUAUGGCUGGCAUCCAGGAGACAAAUUUAAAAAUUUUAUGGGGGAAGUUUUAUCUAUGAAGACAGGUGACCCAGAUAUAACAUUCGCUGAGGUAUAUAAGAAAUUUGGUAAUGAAUUGUGUAUUAUUAUUGCAAACGUCAAUACUAUGUCAGAAGAAUAUUGUCAUGUAAAAACCACACCAGAUAUGCCUGUUAGAUUGGCAGUGCGUAUGUCAAUGUCUAUUCCUGGUUUGUUUCAAAGUGUACAGAAUAAACUGUACGGCAACACAAAUACUUAUGUAGAUGGUGGAAUUUUUUGUAACUACCCUAUCCAUUGUUUUGAUGGAUGGUGGCUUUCGAUGGAUCCAAACGAUAGUUUCUUAAAUAAAAUUCAGCCAAUCUAUGAUAUAGCAUCGCUGAUGGAUAGAAAAAACAGGUUUCAAAGUGGAGCAGAGUCUACAAAAACACUUGGGUGUAUUGUCUUUUCUUUUGAUGAGUCAGAAUAUCAUAAAGAUUUGAUAUUGAAGAAAUCUGGCGUUCCCAUGGGAAAAUUACCGAAUACGAAAUUGGCAAGACAUUGGGCAAAAACAGAUCAAGGACAGAGUAAAAUAAACAAUGUAUAUACAGACGUAUGUGAAGCUGCGGCAGAAUUCCUCAAAGUUUUACGAAAAUACAAUUUAGAUGGAAAUGACGUCAUUUCAAAAGAAGAAUUUGAAAAUGCUUUUUCUGAAGUCGAAUUUAAAGAGAAAUACAGCAAAUUGUUAUUCGGAGAGGGAUGUGGUCCUGAUCUUGCAUACGAUGCUGUAGACAGAGACGGAAGUGGCAGUAUUGAUUACAAUGAACUGUUGAAUUUUAUUGAAGUAACAGGAGUUUGCAUCCAGGAGAAAUACCUCGGGCUGAAACGCAAAGAAAUCGAUGGAUUUUUCAGCUUUUUGGGGACCAUUUUUAAUGCUCUCUUAACCAAUGGCGGUAGGAUAUUUUCGCAGAGUUCUGACAUAAAAAGAACGAUAGGAAUCAGUACAUGGUACAUCAAAACAAACGACUUUGAUUUGGAAGAUGAAGACAAGAAUUUCUUAAUAAAUCAAGGAAGAAGGUCUACUCUUAAAUACUUACAGCAUUUUGUAUGUGACAAUAACCUAGAAAAAGUAUCUGAAGAUGUAAUUAAUGCCAGGGAUAUUCCUAGUAAACCAAGUCUUACUGAUGCACAGCUAGAAUCGAUUGCUAAAAUGUAGUACAUUUCACUCUUAGUAUUCGACAGUAUAUGUCUAUAGUCAUGUAGUAUGAAUACUAUCGUAUUAUCGGUAUUUAUGAUAUCCAAUGAAGCUAAAAUAUUUAUACAUCAAAUAGAUAUCAAAAGAAAAUAAUAGUGUGAUUUGAUACAUUAUAUGUUAUAUUGUUGA